ACAAAAAUGAUCUGAUAUCAGUUUAUCAGUUGGUAAAGAGAAAAAGAUCAUGGCUUCUCUUGCAACAUUCGCCGCCAUUCAACCCGCCGCCGUCAAAGGCCUCGCCGGUAGCUCCAUCGCCGGAACUAAACUCCAUCUCAAGCCAUGCCGCCAGACUGUUAGAACCACCAGCAAAAGGGCUGGAGCUGUUGUUGUAGCUAAGUAUGGUGAGAAAAGUGUUUACUUUGAUUUGGAAGAUUUGGCAAACACCACUGGCCAAUGGGAUGUAUAUGGGUCAGAUGCACCAUCACCAUAUAACCCACUUCAGAGCAAAUUCUUUGAGACAUUUGCAGCUCCUUUCACAAAGAGAGGAUUGUUAUUGAAAUUCUUGAUCAUUGGAGGCGGUUCCACGCUAGCUUAUGUUAGCGCUACCGCAUCCCCGGAUGAUUUGCCAAUCAAGAAGGGUCCUCAACUCCCUCCUAAGCUUGGACCUCGUGGAAAAAUCUAAGCCAUUUAUCUUGGUAUUUUCCUUCUCUUGAUCCAUCAUGUUUGAUGUUCUUGUUAAUUUGUAUCUUAUUGUGUUGAAUUACAUGUACUUAUGAAUGAUAUGCUGUUAACUAUUGAGCAAAGUAUAUAUAAACUUGUUUGGUUGUUGAUUA